GUUAUUGGCUCAUGUUUAUCUAAGUGUUCUAGUGAAAUUAAUAUUUUUAUUCCUAUUUACGUUAAUUUUUUUGUUUAUCUUAUAAUAAUAAAAUUAUAUUCGUUGAUUUGUUUUGUAAUUAUUGUUAUUUUUGAUUAUUAGUGUAUUUUUCAGUACCAAUAACUGUUUUUAAAAAUUGGUUUGUUCCUGUUUUAACAGUAGUGAACUUUUAGAAAUCAUUAAAACAAAAUGUCAGAUAGAGAUAGCAGUAGUCCUGAACCAUUUGAAGAUUCUGUGCGUGAUGGUGUUGAUACUUCCCCAGUACGUAAUUUUGAAGAUGAAGUGCUAAGUGAAGGAGAUGUUCUAAAUUUAAGUAAUUUUGAUGAUCCAGAAGAAGAGGAUGGAGAAGAACUCUUUGGAGAUAACUUAGAAAGGGACUAUCGUCCAAUACCAGCUCUUGAUCGUUAUGAUGGUGGAGAACUAGAUGAUGAAGAUUAUGAUUCUAUGAGUCCUGGUACCAGAGCUGCUGCAGAAAGAGAAUUACAAAGGCGUGAUCGAGAAGAGGGCACUGGAAGAAGAGAUGCAGAUGACAUUCUCUAUGAUGAACAUGAUUUGGAUGAUGAAGGUUCUAAAAGAAAACGUCGUAUGGCGGAAAGAGCUGCUACUGGUUUUAUUGAUGAUGAUGCUCCGGAUGAAGAAAUGAUUGAGUCAAUUGAAAAUUUACAAGACACCAAAGGUCAUUCUGUUCCUGAGUGGGUAGCUAUGUUGGGUCCUAGAACUGAAAUUGCUAACAGAUUUAAGAGCUUUUUACGUAAUGAUGUUAAUGCUAGUGGAGCUUAUGUAUAUAAAGAAAAAAUUAGAAGAAUGUGUGAAAGCAAUUUAUGUAGUUUGGAAGUUGAGUUUACUAAUUUAGCUAAUAAGCAACAUACUUUAGCUCUGUUUUUGCCAGAAGCUCCUUCAGAAAUGAUAAAUAUUUUUAAUGAAGUUGCUAAAGACUUAGUUACCACUAUGUAUCCUCAAUAUCAACGUGUUACCUCUGAGAUAUUUGUACGAAUUACUGAUUUACCUUUAAUUGAAGAGAUUCAUACUUUUAAGAAAAUUCACUUAAAUCAAUUAGUAAGAACACGAGGUGUUGUAACAUCAACUACUGGAGUAUUACCACAGCUUAGUAUAAUUAAGUAUGAUUGUUCAAAAUGUGGUUAUGUUUUGGGUCCAUUCACUCAAUCUCAAAAUCAAGAAGUUAAACCUGGCUCUUGUCCUGAAUGUCAAAGUACUGGUCCAUUUAUGGUUAAUAUGGAACAAACAUUGUAUCGUAACUAUCAAAAGAUUACUGUUCAAGAAUCUCCAGGUAGUAUCCCUCCGGGUCGUAUACCCCGAAGCAAAGACUGUAUUCUUUUAGCAGAUUUAUGUGAUCAGUGUAAACCAGGUGAUGAGAUAGAUGUUACUGGAAUUUAUUCUAAUAGCUAUGAAGGAUCAUUGAACACUGGAAAUGGUUUUCCUGUAUUUGCUACGGUCAUUAUGGCUAAUCAUUUGAUUGUAAAAGACAACAAACAUAUAGUAGAUUCUUUAACUGAUGAAGAUGUUUCACAAAUAUUAAAAUUAUCCAAAGAUCAUAAAAUAGGAGAUAGAAUAUCAGCAUCUAUUGCACCUUCAAUUUAUGGUCAUGAUUAUAUAAAAAAAAGUUUAGCAUUAGCUCUAUUUGGUGGUGAACCCAAAAAUCCAGGUGAAAAACACAAACUCCGUGGAGAUAUUAAUGUUUUGUUAUGUGGAGAUCCUGGAACAGCUAAAUCUCAAUUCUUAAAAUAUGUAGAAAAGGUAGCACCACGUGCUAUUUUUACAACUGGCCAAGGUGCUUCUGCUGUUGGUCUUACAGCUUAUGUUAAGCGUGAUGUUCAAAGUAAGGAAUGGACAUUAGAAGCAGGUGCAUUAGUUUUGGCAGACCAAGGAGUUUGUCUUAUUGAUGAAUUUGAUAAGAUGAAUGAUCAAGACAGGACAUCUAUUCAUGAAGCUAUGGAGCAACAGAGUAUUUCUAUUUCAAAAGCUGGUAUUGUAACUUCACUCCAGGCUCGAUGUUCCGUUAUGGCAGCAGCUAACCCUAUCGGUGGAAGAUAUGAUCCUGCUAUGACAUUUUCAGAAAAUGUUAAUUUAUCAGAACCUAUUAUGUCAAGAUUUGAUGUUUUAUGUGUUGUAAGGGAUGAAGUAGAUCAAGCUAAAGAUUGUCAGCUUGCAACAUUUGUCGUUCAAUCACAUAUGCGUAAUCAUCCUUUAAACAAAGACAAAGAAUGUGAUAUAAGGAAUCCAUUUUCUACUACUGAUGUAGAGCAAAUACCUCAAGAGCUAUUGAAAAAGUAUAUAGUUUAUGCUAAACAAAAUAUACAUCCAAAACUUCAUCGAAUGGAUCAAGAUAAGGUUGCAAAAAUGUAUAGUCAGUUGAGACAAGAAUCAAUGAUGACUGGAAGUUUACCUAUCACUGUACGUCACAUUGAGAGCAUGAUUCGUAUGGCUGAAGCUAAUGCUAAAAUUCAUCUUAGAGAUUACGUUCAAGAAGACGAUGUUAACAUGGCCAUUCGUAUUAUGUUAGAAUCCUUCAUCGAAACACAAAAAUAUAGCGUCAUGAAAUCUAUGAGAAAAGCAUUCCAAAAAUAUUUAUCAUUCAAAAAAGAUACUACGGAACUUUUAUAUUUUAUUUUGCAUCAAAUGGCUACAGAUCAACUAGCUUAUAUACGUGGCAUUCAUGGUGUUACUGUCAAUACAAUUGAAAUACAUGAAAAAGAUUUUAAGGAUAAAGUUAAGCAAAUUGAUAUACAUGACCUACGACCAUUUUAUGAAAGCAAGGUAUUCAAAAAUAAUCAUUUUGUUUAUGAUGAAAGAAGGCAUAUGAUAAUUCAAACAUUAACCGUCAAUGAAUCAUCAAGUGUUUAAUUAAGGAUUACUAAAAAUAGUAUUUUAACGCUUAUUACAAUUUACUUCCUUAUAUUUGAGCACUUUAUUUAAUUUAUGUGUUAUAUGCCUGUAAUAUUAUUGAAUAUUGUAAAUAUUUAAUUUAUGUAAUUCAGUUUUAUAUUUAAUAUUUAAUAAUUACAUACUGCUUCUGUGUAUAUAUUAUAAAAAGAUGUUGCAUCCAUCAAUGUAUACCUCUACAUGUAAAAAAUUUAGUAAUAA